AUGUUCUUCACAGGCACCCUCCAAGAAGGCAUCGCUGCCGCUAUUCAACAGACCAAGAGUGUGGUUUGUUUUGUUACCGACGACAACACCGAAUCCCAACAAUGGGAAACCGACUUCUUCACUGAUCAAGCCAUCUCCCCUCUUAUCGAGUCCAGUGCCGUGGUGCUGAAGCUCAUCGCGGGCAGUACCGAGGAGGGGUAUCUGGCCCAGUUGUUCCCUGUACCCAAUAAGCCUACGGUAGUUGUUCUUAGGGGCGGGCAACUCAAGGAGUACAUUGCUGCUGGAGUCACCAAGGAAGACUUUUUGAGGAGGCUUGGGGCUGCUCUUAGUGAGCAACAGGCUGUUUCUACGGGUUCGGGUACUACGUCUGGCUCGCCCUCGGUGAUGCAGGAUCAGGAUCAGGGGCAAAAGCAGGGACAAGAGCAGACAUCAUCGGAGUCGACGACAGCUCAACCACCGACGGCGGAGCAAAGCACAGCCCCGGCUGCUGCAACAUCUACCGAGGCUACUACUACUACUACUUCUCAACAACCUCCCAUCAGUGCCACUACGAACACCGGGCCUACAACCGCCUCCUCAGCAUCACCUCCAGCCACAGCAACCACCACAACCACUCCCAACACGACAACUCAACAAGCCCAAAUCCAAGCCAUUCUUGCUGAGCGCGCCGUUCGUCUGGCCGCCCAGAAGAAACAACAAGAAGAAGCUACCCGCGCCGCCGCCCGUGCCCGCGCAGCGGCCGAAGACCCCAACUCUCCCGCCCGCCAAGCCGCCGACGCCCUGCGCAAGAAACAGCAAGAAGCGCGCGAAGAGCGCCAGCGGAUUCUCAAGACCAUCGAGGAUGACAAAGCCGCUCGCAAGGCAAGGCAGUUGGAGAAGCAACGGGAGAAGGAAACACUACUCAGUAAGGAAUCCGGCGAAGCUGCUGAGGACAAAAAGGGGAAGGGGAAGGGCAAAGCUAAGGAAGAAAGCUUGCCGUUCGCACCAGCCAGCCCCAUGCUACCCCGCGGUAACCAACCCGUCAAGAGUAUAGGGCAUUGUGCGCUGCAAGUGCGGUUGACGGAUGGGUCGACUAUCCGGUCUCGGUUCUCGGCGGAGAAGGACACGGUUAGGGAGGUGAGGGAGUGGGUGGAGGCUACUGCCCCUAAUGCUAAAAAGGGGAAGUAUAGCUUCAAGGUGUUGUUGACGCCCCAACCGAGCAGGAGGAUCGAGCAAGAGGAUGAAGAAAUGACGCUGGGCGAGUUGGGACUGGCGCCGAGCUCGACGCUGAUUUUGGUUCCCACGACUGGUUCUUCUGGGUCUAGGAGGAGCAGGGUUCACUUUGCGGGCGGUGUGGCCGCCACAGAAGGAGGGGGGAAUAUCUUCCAGCGCCUGAUUGGAUUCGUGCUCGCCUUCUUCAACACGGUGGUGACCUUCUUCUCGACGCUGUUUAGUGUUUCUGGACCACUCAAUGCCAGUGCUUCGCCGGAGCAGGUUGCUGCUGAGGUUAGGGGUGCGCAGCAGGCGGAGACGGCUAGUUCUAGUGGUAGGUCACUUGGUGGUGGUGGAAGCGCGGGUGCUGUUGUCAAUAGGGGCACGACGACGACCGGAGGAAGCAGGAUUAAGGGGUUUGGUGACGAUGAGAGAAGAAGGGAUGAGGAGCGGAAGAGGAAUAACGAUCAACAACAGCAGUUUUAUAACGGGAACUCGGUAAGUAACACAUGA